AUGCUAAGCACUAUUAUUACCCACAUCGUUAACCCCUUGGCCUACAUUGUUCCCGUACUACUAGCAGUAGCAUUCUUAACGCUUGUAGAGCGAAAAGUACUGGGCUAUAUGCAACUGCGGAAAGGCCCUAAUGUUGUAGGACCUUACGGCCUCCUUCAACCUAUUGCGGAUGGGGUAAAACUGUUCAUUAAAGAACCAGUCCGACCCUCUACCUCCGCACCAUUUCUCUUCCUAGCCACCCCUACCUUAGCCCUCACCCUGGCCCUCACCCUAUGGGCACCUCUGCCCAUGCCUCACCCAGUCACAGACCUUAACCUAAGCAUGCUAUUCAUCCUAGCACUGUCAAGUCUAGCCGUGUACUCCAUCCUAGGCUCUGGAUGGGCAUCCAAUUCUAAGUACGCUCUCAUUGGGGCACUCCGAGCAGUGGCCCAAACUAUUUCUUAUGAAGUAGCGCUAGGACUUAUUCUUCUCUCCACAAUCGUUUUCACGGGUGGUUUUACUCUCACGAUAUUUAGUGUGACCCAAGAAAGCAUUUGACUGCUUGCCCCGGCCUGACCAUUGGCAGCAAUAUGAUUUGUUUCCACCCUAGCUGAAACCAAUCGAGCACCCUUUGAUCUUACCGAAGGAGAAUCUGAACUAGUGUCCGGCUUCAACGUAGAGUACGCGGGCGGACCAUUCGCCCUCUUCUUCCUGGCUGAGUAUGCUAACAUUCUAUUUAUGAAUACACUAUCAGCCAUUCUAUUUAUAGGCGCAACCAAUUUACCCAUGCUUCCGGAACUUACAACUAUUAAUAUUAUGAUUAAGGCCGCUUUGCUAUCCGCUCUCUUCUUAUGAGUGCGGGCCUCCUACCCUCGAUUCCGGUAUGACCAACUUAUGCACCUAGUGUGAAAAAACUUCUUACCCCUAACACUAGCCCUCAUUUUGUGACACACAGCUGUACCUCUUGCUACCGCAGGAUUACCACCCCAACUGU